CCUACACCUACGCCGGGUGCUUGGCCGGCUGGUGUUGAGGCUGCUUCUCUGCAGAGCAUCAUCGACUUGUAGAGCUUCUUGCCAAGGAUCGUUGGAGAGGUGAUAGGAUGAACAAACCUAGCGCAGUAUGCAAGGAGUGCAUCGCACACCAUUAUUGGCACCACAUGGAUGACCAGAAGCGUUUCUUCAAGGUUAUGAUGGGUGAUUUCAAAAACGGAGUGACCAUACCAAGAAAGUUUGUGGUUAACAUCAGAGAGCAUUUAUCUGAAGAACUCAAACUAGAGGCGCCAGAUGGCAAAACAUAUGCCGUUCAGGUUGCCACGGAGCAGAACGAGUUGGUCCUUCGGACUGGAUGGCCAGAUUUUGCCACUGCUUAUGAGCUUAAAUUUGGUGACUUGUUAGUGUUCAGAAACUGUAAGAACUCCCACUUCAAAGUCCGACUCUUCGAUCCAAGUGGUUGUGAGAAAGAGCUGUCUUGUGUUCUGAUGGACGGCGCUCCUUGUGUGCAAGAAAGGAAAGUUUCUCACGGUGAUCAUACACAGUCACCAACAGGCAAAAGGAUGGAAAUUGGUAGCCCAAGUGGCAGUAGAAAAACUUCCAAGAUGAACCCAAUAGACUCUCCUUCACAGAGAAGAGGACAUGUCCCUUCAGCAAGGACCAAGAGUCCUAGGCAUGGAGUUGCUAAGCCUCCAUACAUCUUACCGCGAUACACAACUCUGAAUGAUCAGCAGAAGAAUGAAGUAGACAAGAAAGUUGGAGCUAUUGAGUCCAAGAUCCCCAUUUAUGUGGCCACUAUGCGUAAUAGCAAUACUGCCCGCGCCUUUUUGGAAUUCGCUAUAGACUAUGCAACAAAGUAUCUUCCACGCGAGAACCAGACUAUGAGGCUUCGCCGCCCGGGUCCCAGCAAGGACGAUACAUGGGAAGCUCUAUUCCGGGUUAAGAACAGGAGGUACACCCUUGGUCGAGGCUGGAGGCACUUUGUGGAUGACAACAAGCUGAAACCGGGCGACAUCUGUCUCUUCAGCCUGAUGAAAAACACGAAGAACCUGACGAUGGACGUCCACAUUAUCCGAAAGAGAUCGAUGUAGUUGUAGUUGAUCUGCAUCAGAGCUGUUCGUGCUGAACUGCUGAUGUCUCUAUGUGUGAAAAUGGCGGUGCUUUUGUGUUCGAAAUGCUCAUUCAGUGUGGUUAGCUUAUCUCUACUAUCCAUCCUGACUCCUCACAAGAGAUCACUGGAGUUUAAUUCCUUAAGUUAUCCAAAUACAACCUCCAGAAUGAAACUCUGAAUGUGAUGAACUUUGAAUAA